AUGUUCAAUGAAUAUGAUAUACAAAUUAAGCUCUUAAGAGAUUUUGUCAAUAAUCCAAACAGCUCCAAGAAGAAAGUAGGCAAAUCCACGGCAAAACUUCUGGAAUUGUAUUGUGAUGUAGCUGGAACUAGCCCAUCAAAAAAAAUAAAGCAUAUAUUAGCUCAUUACAGAGUUAGGAAAACCCGCGAAGGUGAAAUCAAACGACGAGAAAUAUAUCUCGGAGAUUUUGAUUACAAAACAUCGCCUGGAUACAAACUUAUUGAAAGGUUAUUCAUUCCUGGUGUAUUAGAUAAGCGACCGAAUGCAAAUAUGCUAAAAUCUCUUAUUUUACUCAUAUUAAAUGAGGAACGAAAACAUGGAAAUGAAAUAAAGCUGCAACGUGAAGCAUUAAGAUCAAAAGCAGGUCUAUACAAAUUUAUUACCGAUCACUACACUCUCGUCGAAGAAUAUUUAAAUUGCGGAACCAAAAUUACUGUAGAUCAAAAGUUAGUCAAUUGA